AUGUACCGCUGUGGUCCUUCUUCUGUCCAGGCUGUUAAGCAUGGCCAUGUUUGCUUCCAGUUCGAUACACCAUUUGUUUUUGCAGAGGUCAACAGUGAUCUUGUGUACAUUACAGUCAAAAAAGAUACCACUCAUUUGGUUGAAGCUGUUGAUAAAACGCACAUUGGGAAAUUAAUCCUGACCAAGGAAAUUGGUGGAGAUGGACAACAUGACAUUACUGAAAAUUACAAAUUCCAGGAAGGCAAAGAAGAAGAGAGGCUUGCCCUAGAAACUGCUCUGAUGUAUGGGGCUAAAAAACCUCUUGACACAGAGGGCAUCCAUCAGUUCAGGGCUGAUAUUGACAUGGAUUUUGAGGUAGAAAAGGCUGUACUUGGAAGAGACUUCAAAGUCACCAUCACUUUCCGGAACAGCACUUCUAGACGUUACACAGCUACAGCUUAUCUCUCUGGCAACAUCGUCUUCUAUACAGGUGUUGCAAAGUCGGAAUUCAAGAACCAGUCCUUUGAUGUGAAAGUGGAGCCCUACUCCU